CUUUGUCUAAACAGGAACGAUGAUCACACUCUUUGUCGCUCUUUACUCUCUGCUUUGUCUCUGCACAGCUGUGAAAACGUCUGACAUCCAGGAGCUUCACGUGAAAACAGUAAAGCGUGGAGAAAAUGUAACUAUGGAGUGUAACAUUAACACCAAAAACAAAAAUAAGUUAGUUUGGUACAGACAGAGUUUUGGAAAAUUGCCUCAGUUUUUAGCAAGACAUUACAGUAACACUUUGGGCUACACAUUUGCUGAGGGAUUUAAAGAUAGCCGCUUCACUAUUACUGUAAAUGACGAUAAGUUUGAUCUCUACAUUAUCAAAACAAUAGAAGAUGAUGGAGGAGAAUAUAUCUGUGUAGAAUUGGAGGAAAAUGCACUAAAGUUCACAUCUGGAACACGUCUUCAAUUUGAAGGUAAACAGUUUUACUCUGAUAACCUCGAUGGAAAAGGAAAUGAACAUUGGAUUAUUGCCUCAACAACCUCCAUAAUAAUAUCUCUUAUUCUAAUUGUGGUUCUGGUUGGAGUUUUAUUUAAAAAUCAGAGAAAAGGUGCUUCAUCAAGAAACCAUCAAAUUCCCACCAAUCAGGCUGAUGAUGAAGAUGCCUUGAACUAUGCAGCUGUGAGAUUUGCUAAGAAACCUUCAUCCUCCAGAACAUCCAGAGACAAGAGCCAUGAAGACGUUUAUGCACAAGUUAAAAUAAAAUAGUUAAAGAGAAAUGAACUCAGACUUGAAAAACUAUAUAAAUGUAAUUAUUUAACACGUUUGUAGACAGUCUUUUUUUUAAUCGGACAAAAAAUUUUAUUGCUGUAAGUUUUAUCACCAUUUCCAAAGCUUUUUAAUGUACUAAGUUGCCCUACUUGAUGGAUGUAGUUUUUUUAUUUAUUUACUUAUUUUUAUAACUUUAUUUUACUUUUAUUCUCUGCUGUUUUUUUCUUUCUGAAAGCCUUACAUUUGGGAUGUUUUCUCAGCAUUUUCUCUUAAAGUUUCUAGAUUUUAGAAUGUAAAAAAAUAUUUUUGUUACAUUAUCAAGAAAUGGCUCAUGGUACACAACUUGCCUAAACUUUUUUUUUUGCAAGUUAUUUUGCUUGGGAGCUUUAUGAAGAUGCUAAAUAUUAUUAAUAUUGUAAUUACUUUAGAUCAGCCUAAGCAUUUUUGUAUCCAGUACAUCUGUAAACAUAAUACAUUUUCUACUUUUCCAGAAAUACUAAGGGCCUUUAAAAGUGCAACAGGGCUGAAUAUAAAGACAAGUGGUUACUGCACUAAAUUCCAGAUAGAAAUUUAUGCGAAUCAUGUUAAUGACCAUAAUUAAUCAAAUGUCAUUAAAAAAUAAAUCAAUUUUCAACAUUUAUUAAAAGUUCUGUUUAGUUUAUAAUUAAUAAACACAUCUUCUAGAUCAGCACUUUUAUUCACUCCAGUCCUUCACUUGAAGCUCAUGU